AUGCUUUAUUACAUACAUCUGGAGCAUGAUGAUGCAAUUAGAGUGGAAAAGUUGUUCCUAGAGUGCGCGGUAUCGGGCUCCACGUGGACUCCUCCUCCGGUUUGUGGGAUCCUCCUGGACUCGUUCUCAUCCCGCACUCCUGGACGACUCCGUUCUGGGCUCAUCCCUAUCCUGGUCUCCCUCUCAUGUUCUGGACUCCUCCUCAAGUUCUGGAUCCUGGACUCCUCCUGGACUCCUCCUCCUCCUGAUGUCCUGGAUCCUGGACUCCUUCUCAUGUUUUGGGCUCAUCCUGGACUGGGCUCAUCCUGGUUCUGGGCUGUUAGGACUCCUCCUCAAGUUCUGGUGCUGCUGAAGUUCACUACUCACUAUGAGUAUCUGCCGAAUGAAUAA